CCACGUGACUUUAAGGAAGUCCUUGUCAACAAGAGAGUACAGGCGGGUGAGAAGAUGCUGCGAUGCUUCACUUUCACUCUCAUAGUCCUCACGAAGUACUCUGCGUUCUGCACUGAGGGUCCCGACCUGGUCCCUCCAGACCUGGUGGUCGACCCGGUCCCCCCAGACCUGAUGGUCGGGACCCGGGCGGACGAUCCGUUCCCCCCAGACCUGGUGGUCGACCCGGUCCCUCCAGACCUGGUGGUCGGGACCCGGGCGGACGGUGCGGUCCCGUCGGAGUCAGCUGGGUGUGGAUGUCAAAGCCUGAAGAGGGACUCUGUUUUGGACCCCGAGGGAGGCAGGACCUCCUCAUCUGUCAGCCCAGAUGUUAAAUACUCCAGAAAGAUGAACGAGAUGCCCUCAAACCCUCGGGACGAGGACGAGGACAAGGAUACAACAAGCAAGAUGGUGCUGAUCCCGGGAGGAGAGACCCUGAUGGGGACAGAUGAGCCGGGCAUCCCCCCGGACGGGGAGGGGCCCCAGCGGCCAGUGGUCCUGGAUCCCUUCCUCAUGGACACCCAGGAGGUCUCCAACCUCCAGUUCCAGGCGUUUGUCGCCGCCACGGGCUACGUCACUGAGGCGGAGCAGUACGGAGACUCGUUUGUGUUCGAGGGGAUCCUGAGCGAGGAGGUGAAGAGUCAGAUCAGCCAGGCGGUGGCUGCCGCCCCCUGGUGGCUGCCGGUGAAAGGCGCCAGCUGGAAGAGCCCGGAGGGGCAGGGCUCCGACGUCACAGAGAGGCUGCAGCACCCGGUCCUCCACGUCUCCUGGAAGGACGCGGAGGCGUACUGCUCCUGGGCCGGCAAGAGGCUCCCCACGGAGGCAGAGUGGGAGCACGCCUGCAGGGGCGGCCUCAAGGACCGACUGUUCCCCUGGGGCAACAAGCUGACCCCCAAGGACCAGCACUACGCCAACCUCUGGCAGGGAGACUUCCCCACGCACAACUCUGCAGAGGACGGCUACGCGCAGACCUCACCGGUGAUGUCAUUUCCUGCCAACGGCUACGGCCUGUACGACAUGGUGGGCAACGCGUGGGAGUGGACCUCCGACUGGUGGACGGUGUAUCACACCACGGACCGCCAGCGGCACCCGACCGGGCCGUCCUCCGGCUCCGAGCGGGUGAAGAAGGGGGGCUCCUACAUGUGCCACAAGUCCUACUGCUACAGGUACCGCUGUGCGGCCCGGAGCCAGAACACGCCUGACAGCUCCGCCUCCAACCUGGGCUUCCGCUGCGUCUCGGCCGAGCAGCGCUGACCUUCUGACCUUCACCGUGAUGACCCCUGACCUUCACC